AUGAUAGGACUCAUUUCAUACUACUCUCAGUGGAUCUUGCACUUUUCCGACAAGCGAUCUGUGUCCUUUAUGUUCCACUCCAAGAAGCUGGGAAAUAUCAAGAACGACAAGAUCCAACGAUGGCGGGUCGAACGAGCCUGCUUCGACUACGACAUUGUCUAUCAGCCAGGGACUGAAAACUCAACUGCUGAUGCUCUAUCGAGAGCCUUCUGUUCGGCUACCAACCACAAAACGCUGUCGGAUCUCCAUCAGCAGCUAUGUCGUCCAGGAGUCACAAGGAUGGCUCACUUCAUCCACAUUCGCAACUUACCAUAUUCUGUAGAUGUCGUCAAGAAAGGUCCCUUGCCGUCGACUUCCCGAAAUCGAUACCUACUAACCGUGGUUGACGAGCAUUCACGAUUCCCCUUCGCGUUUGCAUGCAAAGACAUGACCGCGGCAACAGUCAUCAAGUGUCUGCGUCAGUUAUUCGCUAUAUUCGGCAUGCCUGCUUAA